AUGUCUUCUCACAAGACUUUCAGAAUCAAGAGCUUCCUGGUCAAGAAACAACAGCUGAGUUGGCCCAUUCCCCAAUGGAUCCAGAUGAAAACUGGUAAUUUCAGGUACAUCUUCAAGAGGAGACAUUGUAGAAGAACCCAACUGGAUCUGUAA